CCCCAAUGAUGAUGACGUCAGAGAAAAGGCGACGGCGCUGUUGGUGACGUCACUAGUGUGCGCCCGAGUGCCGGUGGGACGGUGCGGCGCGGUGCUGUCGGGCCAUGGCUCCCGCCGCCGCACAGGCUCCUGAGAUCCAGUUCGCGCAGCGGCUGGCCGCCAACGAGAAACGGAUCCGGGACCGCGCCGUGAAGAAGCUGCGGGGCUACAUCAGUCUCCGCACACAGCGCCCGGGCGGUGGCUUCAGCCAGGAAGAUCUGCUAAAAAUAUGGAAGGGACUGUUCUAUUGUAUGUGGAUGCAGGAUAAACCACUGCUACAGGAGGAACUUGCAAAUAACAUUUCACAACUCAUCCACGUGAUUCAGAAUACAGAGGCUCAACACUUGUUCAUUCGAACAUUUUGGCAAACUAUGAGCCGUGAGUGGAAUGGAAUAGACAAUCUACGUCUUGAUAAGUACUAUAUGCUAAUCCGUAUGAUUUUGAGGCAAUCUUUUGAAGUGCUGAAAAGAAAUGACUGGGAUGAAAGCCUAAGAGAAAUGCUAUUGCAGCUACUAAUGAAGGAAGUCAUGGACCCAGACAGCAGUGCUCCCAAAGGGAUAAAGUUCCAUUUCAUUGAUAUCUAUCUGCAAGAAUUGGCUAAAGUUGGUGCAAAGGAGCUCACAGCAGACCAGAGUCUCAAGUUCAUUGAACCUUUCUGCAAUUUCGUUGCCAAAUCAAAAGAUCCUCCUGUGAUGCAUGCUGUAGCCAGUGGUAUCUUUGAGAUCAUUGUGGAUCAGUCCCCGUAUGCCAUUGAAGACCUAAUGAAAGAACUGGAAAGCAGCAGUGAUGAGGAAGAUGUGUCUGAAGAUGAUGAACAGGGGAAGAAAGAGACGCUUAAAACCAAAGCAAAUAGACGUUUGUCAGGAAAAUCUGCACAGAGCACUGAUAAAACAGAGGAUGCGUAUGAAAAUGCUGAUGAUAGUAUUGGGCCUGUUCUUCAGUUUGAUUAUAAGGCUGUUGCUGACAAACUCUUCGAACUGGCAAGCAAGAAAAAUACACCUGCCCUUAACAGAAAGCGUCUGUACAAGCUGGUCAAAAAGUUCCAGGAUUUAGCAGAAGGAAUCUUCCCCCAAGAUUUCCCUGAAGAUGUUUCUACAGAUGAAGAUGAUGAUACGUUCAGCAGAGGAAGGCGAAAGAAAAAAGUUGUUAAACCUUCAGAGAAAAAUAGUUUGGAAAAAGUAAAAGGCUCAGGGAAGGAUGAACAAGAGGCAUCAAGUGCAAAGGAGACAUCAGUUCCACAGAAGAGGAGGAAAAAAAGGAAGAUAAGGGAGAGCCCACAUGCUGAUUCUGGAACAAUCGAUGGAAAUUCUGAGGAGGGAGUAGCUGAAACAUCUGGAUGUGUUAUAUUGAACCCAGGAAAGAUGCCAGAAAAUAAUAAGAUGAAGAAGAAGAAGAAAUUGCUAGUUAAUGAGACAAAUGAGAUCAGAAAUGCAGUAAGUGACACCAGAGAUAAGCACAGUGUCUCUGCACAGAACAGUCAGACUGACACAGAACAGAGUAAAAAGAUUCAGUCAGAGAAAAUGAAUCCAAAAGUGCAAAAUGUUCUUGGAAAGCUGGAGUGUCAAAAUGGUCCAGCUAAAGCCAACAAGGCAGAGGAUGUCAGCCCAUCUGUCACACCAUUAAUUCUCAAGGCUGGGAAAAAGAAACAAAAAGCAGAGUCUGCUUUGGUCAAUGGGGAGAACUUUUUGCAGCAGACAGACUUGAAAUCCAAGAAGGAGGGCCCACUGUCAGGAGAUGUGGACUCGGAAUCUGAACCCUCCGGAAAGGUCAAAUUGAAGAAAAAGACAAAGCUGGUUGCUUUGGAAGGGAUCAAGGCCUCCAACCAGAAAGCGGCAACCUUGAAAAAGAAGCGAAAAGUUAAAGAGGUGCUAAAUUCUGUUGAAGGCAAUGGAAUUCUGGAGACUGCAUGCAAGAAAAGUAGAAAGGAGGAAAGCAGCACUGCUUUAUCACCAGUAAAGAAAAAGAAAGCAAAACAAGGGAGUGAUUUCGUAAAAUUUGAAAAAUCAACUGUACCAAAGGCAUUACUCUUCAGGAAGGCCAGAAGUACCAUCUCCUCCACCAGAGCCUCCAUUCCGUUGAAUAAGCUGCAAUCAUCCGGCUCCAAAAAAGUCACCUUUGGUUUGAAUAAAAACAUGACUGCUGAAUUUAAAAAGACUGACAAAAGUAUCUUGGUGAGCCCAGAAGGACCUUCUCGUGUAGCUUUCAAUCCUGCACAGAAACCCCGUCAUGGAGUGCUGAAGUCUCCUGCAGGUACUCCAGACAGAGAGCCUGAACUGAAGAAACCACUUACUGCACAAGCUAAGAAGAAAAUAACUGCUAGGGGUUUCUUUUAAACCAGCAGCAGUGGCCUACUUUUGUACAGGACAUUUUGCUAAAAUAUAACAUUCUCUGGAGGUA